AUGAUUGUAGGCAGAAGAAAGCAGGAGGGAGAGAUUGAAGUGUUCUGCUUGGUCAAAAUCGUGGUGGCAUUGUCUUCAGCACUGAUGAUUAUUUUCGACAUCGAAAUGGGUAUACCAAAGAAAGCUAUUGAUCAGGGAAGAUCUCCAGUUAUAAUAGAUAACACUAAUACCCAAGCUUGGGAAAUGAAACCUUAUGUGGAAAUGGCUAUAGGUAAAGGAUACCGAGUGGAGUUCCACGAACCUGAAACAUGGUGGAAAUUUGAUCCUGAUGAAUUAGAAAAGAGGAAUAAACAUGGGGUGUCUCGUGAAAAGAUUGCACAGAUGUUGGAUCAUUAUGAAUAUAAAAUGUCCAUCUCUAUUGUAAUGAAUUCAGUGGAACCUCCACAUAGAAGGUCUGAGAGACUUCGAAGACAGAGAGAAGAAAAUUUGAAAAAAACUGGACAGAAACCUAGCAGAGCAAGUCAGAGGAGAAACAGGAGAAGAAAUAGGAAACUGAAGAAUAGUAAUGGUAACUCUAUGGAGAAAGAUUCAUAUGGAACCCUAAGUCAUCCUGUGCCAGAGGAUGAGGGCACAUCUGAAAGUGAAGGACAUUACUCAGAAGAAGAGAAUGAUGGAAAUUUAGUGUCCAUGUCCAUUGGAGAUCUGAGAUGUACAUCAACAGAUUUUAUAAAUGGACACAGUGAGGAAAGUAAUAAAAGCCUAAAACCUGAACUUGGAAAAGAAAGUAUUUCUAAUGCUCGAUCUGUAACUCUGGAAAGUAUACCACGGUGUGACUCAACUGCAGAAAGUGACAACUUGUAUCAGUUAAGCUUGACAUCCAUUCCCCAUGAAAAUGCAGUUGGAUACAUGUUUAAUCAUCAGACAAUGGUUCACAACUUUGUAGGAAGACAGAAUAAUUCCUGUGUACCAAGUGUUGAAUGCUCUGAAAUGAAGGCUGACAGUCACGCUGAACUGAGUCACUCUGUGGUGUUUGGCAUUAAGGAUAGAGUUAUAUCUGCUAAGGCCACAGGCAUUCUCACAGAGGAGGAGAACAUGUCAGCUGAAAGCCCCAGUGAUAAAGAAAUGCUGCUUAAUCAAGGCAAAUUGGACUCUUCAUGUGAAAAUUUAAAAUAUGGGCACAGAGCAAAUAGAAAUCAAACAAAUUGUUGGGCUUUUUUCUCAGCCACAUUAUCUGAUGAAAACCUGGAGUGGGAUUUGGACACACAGCCGUCUUUUGCUGGUUGGCUUGAGGGGCCUCGUAACUUUAUAAAUCCUCAGAGACAAAAGAAAGCUAGGUGUUCCAGACGGACUUGUCCUGCUGGCCCUGGGGAACUGAUGAGACUUGUCCACAGAUAUGAAGACACAGAACCAGAAAACCAUGUGCAAGGACUGAUGGAGGAGAAUGCUGAUGCAUUAAGAAAUGAGGAGCUGACAUCUUCUCCAAAUAAACCUAUGGACCUAAUUCCAUUCAUAGAGACAGAAACUAAUGUCUUUAGAAGCAACUUGCCUGAAAUAUAUGUCCAAAGGAAAACAUCAGCAGUAAUUACUAAGAAGGGAAGACCCAAAAGGAUUUUUAAUUUGGCUCCAAACUUUCACCUGCCGAGACAAGUUGUGUUUAGUGUAGUGGAGAAGAGAGAUGCUCUGUUAACAGAUAGUCAGACAUUUAAAAAUGUUUUGGUUGUAGAACAUGACAGAAUUGCAGAAGUGAAUCAUGAAGAGAAGAAUAAGCCAGAAGGGAAGGCUCUCCAAAAUAAUCCAUCACGAUUUAACCAGGAUUAUCCCAUAGAUCUUGCAUCCAACCCUAGAGGAGAAUUUCAGUCUCAUGAUGUAUCAUUCGAUCAGCUGAGACAGACUUUGUGUCUUCCCCAAACGGCUGUUUUGAAGCUUUUAUUUACAAAUGAGAGAAGAAUUCUGACGUUUGAAUCACCGACAGUGGGAAAUAGGCUGAAUGAGGUGGAACUGAUUUCUUUGGAAAUCUUAAAUCAAAAGCCUGAUAUUGUAUUAUCUGCUAAAGUUUCUUCUGAGCAUCCUGGUGUCGACUUUGAUAUUUUUUCUGGAAGUUUUGGUGUCAUUGUUCACACAAGAAACAAGUCCAAGUUGCCACGACGUAUACAAGCUGAAGACGGUGGAGACUCACCAAGUGUUGUGCCUAGUUCUCUUGAUCUGCCCUUAUCCCAGAGAUUUGCUUUCCAACUUGUAAAUCUGUUUGGAUCUCCUGGAGUUCCAAUAGAGUCUUUGUUGCUUGAUGACUAUGUAGUUACCCUCGACUGGAAAACAUUAAAGAUGAUCUAUUUGCAGUGGAAGGCAUCAGUAGAGGUAUACUGUUACACUUUUAAAGAAACACUUCACUAACUGAGACCUUAAC